GCGGGAAACAACUCACUCUCUGCAAGACGACUUCCAUUUUUCUAGGGUUUGCGAAGAACCAACGUUCAUGUCGAUCCCUCUUCAAUCAAAUCCUCUCACUCACACCGCCUGAGUACUUUUAGAGAGAGAGAGAGAGAGAGAGAGAACUCUACUGAGACAGAUGCCGAUCUACAAGAUCAGGGGAGUCGAUGUCGAUUUCCCAUUCGAGGCUUACGAUUGCCAGAUAGUGUACAUGGAAAAAGUGAUCCAAUCUCUUCAAGAUAGAUGUAAUGCGUUGUUGGAGAGCCCUACUGGAACUGGGAAAACCUUGUGUCUUCUUUGUGCUACAUUGGCUUGGAGGAAGAGUUUGGGAGAAUUCUCAACCUGUAGGAGUGAGAAAAUAAGUCAUAAUGUGGGAAAAGAACUUUCUGAUGAACCAUUGUCGCAGUCUGAAUCAUUGAAUCUACCCACAAUACUAUACACGUCGCGCACUCACAGCCAGCUUCGACAAGUUAUUCAAGAGUUGAAGAGAACCAAUUACAGGCCCAAAAUGGUAGUAUUAGGAUCUCGUGAGCAAUUAUGCAUUCAUGAAGAAGUGAGUUUGCUCCGUGGAAGAACCCAGACAAAUGCCUGCCAUUCCCUUUGCAAAAAGCGCAAAAAGCGAUACUGCCGCCAUUUUCCUCGUGUUGCAGAAUUUAUGAAGGAAAAUCCCGGUCUUGGAGAUGAACCUAUUGACAUAGAGGAGUUGGUCAAUAUUGGAAAAAGCUGUGGACCGUGUCCUUAUUAUGUGUCACGAGAGCUCCACAAGGUUGCUGAUAUAGUGUUUGCGCCAUAUAACUACCUUAUUGAUACUGGGAAUAGAAAAUCUCUUUCGAUUAAGUGGAAUAAUAGCAUAUUGAUAUUUGAUGAAGCUCACAACUUGGAAAGCUUAUGUGCAGAUGCUGCGUCUUUUGACUUGCCUUCAUGGAUUCUUACAGCGUGCAUUUCCGAAGCAAAAAACUGUGUAGACCUUUCUAUUGCAAGGAGGGAUAAUUCAAAUGACAAAUCAUGUAAUCCAGAUAAUUUUGCAAUUCUCAGAGCACUUCUUUUAAAACUUGAGAAGCGGAUUGCUGAAGUCCCUAUUGAAUCCAAAGAAUUUGGUUUUACCAAGCCUGGGCCUUACAUUUAUGAACUACUUGCUGAUCUGAACAUCACAUAUAAAACUGCCACAAUGCUGAUUGGUACAAUUGAAGAAGCUGUUAUGCUUCUUGAGGAAGAUGCAAAUGUCACUGAUAGUGGAGGGCCACACAAGAUGAAGAGAACUGUAUGCAGGCUGGAUAGUAUGGGUGACAUUCUUAAAAUAAUUUUCAGAGAUGGUGGUAGAGCUCAUGCUCAAUAUUAUCGUCUUCAUGUUCAGGAAGUUGAAGCUAGUGCUGCAGCUGCUUUUAAAGGUAAGGCUUCUAGAACACUCAGCUGGUGGUGUUUUAAUCCAGGAAUUGCCAUGGAAGAAUUCUCCCAGUUGGGUGUUGGAUCCAUCAUUUUAACAUCUGGCACAUUAUCUCCAAUGGAUUCAUUUGCUCAGGAAUUUAAGUUAGAAUUUCCUGUUCGUUUGGAGAAUCCUCAUGUUAUAUCUGCAAAUCAGAUAUGGGCUGGAGUUGUAUCAGCUGGUCCAUCUAGUUACUCUUUCAACUCCUCAUAUCGAAGCCGUGAUUCUGUAGAGUACAAGCUAGAGCUUGGCAAUGCUAUUGUCAAUUUUGCUCGAAUUGUACCGGAUGGCUUGCUAGUAUUUUUUCCAUCUUACUACCUUCUGGAUCAAUGUAUUGGGUGUUGGAAGAAUACGAUUCAUACAAACUCAACAAUUUCCAGCACAAUCUGGGAGAGAAUCUGCAAACAUAAGCAAGCUGUUGUAGAACCAAGACAAUCAUCACUUUUCCUUUUGUCAAUUGACGACUACAUGAUUAAGUUGAAGGACUCCACAGCUUCUGGUGCAGUAUUUUUUGCGGUUUGUCGUGGCAAGGUAAGUGAAGGUUUAGAUUUUGCAGACCAUGCUGGGAGAGCUGUGGUGAUAACUGGUAUGCCGUUUGCCAUGAGGACUGAUCCAAAGGUUCGUUUAAAGCGAGAGUACUUGGAUCAACACACACGGUCACAACAAAUGGGAUGUAAGGUUCUGACUGGAGAAGAGUGGUACAGUCAAGAAGCAUUGCGGGCUGUGAAUCAGGCUGUUGGGCGUGUCAUUCGUCACCGCCAUGAUUAUGGUGCAAUUAUAUUUUGUGAUGAAAGGUUUGUACAUUCAAGUCGCCAGUCCCAGAUAUCACUUUGGAUACAGCCUCAUAUCAAGUGUUACACCAAAUUCGGGGAUGUAGUUUUCACAUUGACACGUUUUUUCCGAGAUGGAGCAAUUCGCGGUCCUACAAAGCUGGAACUAACACGGAGUGAGGACCAUGGAAAUGUGAAUAAAUUGGAAACUGCACGGCCCUUUGACAAACUUCACUUGGAAAACUUAGUUGCUCCCCUGACCAUGCCAAUAGAUUCAAAUUGCUGUAAUAAGUUUUCAUCUUCUACAUCUGAGGUUGAAGACAUAUCUAGCCAAUGGGGAGGAAUUCUUCCUGCUAAUCGUUCAUCUCUGACUCCGUACAAGCAAAAGCCGAGUUUUAUGUUGAAACAUUCAGGUGAUCUGUUCAGCAAUCAGAAAAAGUUGUUGAUUCCUGGGAGGAAAAGUAUACAUCAAAUAAACUGUGAACAAGAUUUGACCAGUAAUUCCUCAGUGGAUGAAGAAACAAGGGGAGGACUGAUUGCAUCAUGUUCUUUGAAGAAGCCUAAAUUGGAGCCUGUUCUAACACAACAUAUUGAGAAUUCUCAUGAACCUUCAUCGAUUGUCAGGGAAGCACAGCUGAACACCACUUCUACCAUAAACAAUUUGGUGAAACACGAGAAAUUGCAGGUCAGCGAUUAUGGAAGCUUCCAAAAUGCUGAAGUUGGUUCAGCGGUGCUGCUUGGAGAUGAGAUGAUUGCACAAAGAAAAACAGAAAUGCUUAGUGAGAAAAACAAGGUGGUUCUGUCAAGUCCUUCACCUUGUGGUGAUGAAGAAAGAAAAGGAUAUGCUUUUCUGAUCCAGGUUAAAGAGAAGCUUACUGAUGCAGAGUAUAAAGAAUUUUUGGGUUUUAUGAAAGCACUCAAGUCUAAAACCAUGAAGAUAGAUCAAGUUUUACAAUGCAUUGUGAGAUUAUUCUCUUUUCCAGAUAGGUUCCCACUUCGUGAAAGAUUCAAGGAUUAUAUCCCUGCAAAGUAUCAUUCCUUAUAUGAGCAGUACCUUAAAAGAAGUGACAACGCAGUCGACUUAUGAAGUAAGAAAUUCUUCCAUAGUAUUUGAGGUUAAUGGAAAAAUAAACAUCAUUUUGCGAUUUUGAGAGACGAAAAGUACAUACACAAUAUGAAAGCUAUAGUUUUAGUGUAGUUACUGUCAAGGAAGUCCAAGAAACAUUUCCUCUAUUAUGUUGUGGGGCUGCCACCUCCAGAUUACGAAAGGUACAAUUUGGUGCUCCAUCUAUACUAAUUUUGAAGCUUAAUGAAUCAGAAGUUUUGUUUGAAAUCAAAGCUGCAUCAGCAAAUAAGUGGGGGAUACAAAAAAAGCCUGGAAAUUUAGUUUGAAAUGUAGACAUGAAGAUAGUCCUUAGUAUUAUGGUUUUCUCAGCCCACCAGAACUCACAAAAAGGAAGAUGAAAUGUACUGUAAUAUAUGCUUUUAGUAUUUUUGCAUAGGGAAAUCAGACAGUUCCUUCUUGUUUUUGUGCAUCUAAGGUUGUCACAAAUCUUGUAUCCUUUGUACUGUAAAUUACAUAAAUGUAUUUACUUUUGCUAACUUUGUCUUCUAUGUAUUACCCAGAAAGAUAAUUAUUUGAUGAGCUACCCAA